AUGGAGCAGAAGAUCAGCUCUUUCUUUAAUUCUAUCUUGGAGCUCAUCCGUACCAAGCAUGAGGAAGGCAUCUUCAACACCGUCUGCUUGGCUGUGCUGAUGGGCUUGCCCUUCGUUGUCCUCAUUGUGUUCAUUUUCAUCUGCUGCCACUGCUGCUUCUGCAGCCGGAGAGGAAAAUGCAGGAAGAAAGGGAGUACCAGCAGCAAUGGCCAGCUGCACGCUGAGAGGAACAAGAAGAAAAAGAAGAAGAAGAAGAAGAAUGAAGAGGACCUGUGGAUCUCAGCUCAGCCCAAGCUGCUCUUGCUGGACAAGAGGCCGUCCUUGCCCAUCUAG